CUUCUCUUCUGCACACAAUCCAAGCGCCAAAACCAUUUUCAUGUGCAGACUCUGGAUGAAUGGCUCUUCUUAAACCUCAUCAUUUAAGCUGUUAUCAUUCUCUUCGUUUAAUCAUGUCGUCAAGGUUCUGGGUACCCACUCAUGGCCUUUCUAUCUCCUCCAUUUGCCCUUCUCCAUCUGUCCUCCUUAAGCCCAGGUCAAAUUUGGGAGUGACGACACUAUCAACGAACAGGGUUUUGGUUCCAAGAGCUUUGGUGUCUCCAAGAGCUUUUAUGUCAUCGUCACCAAGCUCUGUUACUGAAGUUCGUAAAGGGAAAGAUGGUUCAGAGCAUUAUGGGUCUGAAAAUAUUCAGAUAUUGGAAGGUCUGGAAGCUGUAAGGAAAAGACCUGGAAUGUACAUUGGAAAUACCGGUCCCCGGGGUCUGCACCAUAUGGUUUAUGAAAUAUUGGACAAUGGUGUUGAUGAAGCUCAAGCAGGAUUUGCCUCGAAGGUUGAUAUUGUUUUACUUGCAGAUGGUUCAGUGUGUAUCACUGACAACGGACGUGGGAUACCAAUCGACUUGCAUCCAGGCUCGAAAAAAUCAGGAGUGGAGACCGUGUUGACAGUUUUGCAUGCCGGUGGAAAAUUUGGUGGGGAUAGUAGUGGUUAUAAAGUCUCAGGUGGACUACAUGGCGUGGGUUUGUCAGUUGUUAACGCAUUAUCCGAGACAUUAGAAGUUACUGUUUGGCGAGAUGGCAAGGAAUGUCAUCAAAUAUAUUUUCGUGGAAAGCCUCAUAAACCUUUAGCAUGUAAGGAUCUUCCAGCUGAAUCAGAAGAUCGUACAGGGACAUGCAUAAAAUUUUGGCCCGAUUCAAAAAUAUUCACAUCUGGAACGGAGUUUGAUUAUGAUACUAUUGCUGCACGUGUUCGGGAGCGUGCUUUUCUAGUCCCUGGGCUAACUAUUACUCUCAAGAAAGAGGAUGAAGACCCUGAGAAGAACCGAUAUGAUGAAUAUUGCUUUGCUGGGGGAUUAGUCGAGUAUGUGAAGUGGCUAAAUGCCGAUAAGCAACCACUUCAUGACGUAUUGAGCUUUAGAAAAGAAGCAGAUGAGAUGACCGUUGAUGUAGCUUUCCAGUGGUGUUCAGAUGCAUAUUCAGAUACAAUGCUAGGAUAUGCAAACAGCAUACGUACAGUUGAUGGUGGUACCCACAUUGAUGGUAUCAAAGCUUCGCUAACUAGAACUCUAAACAACCUUGGAAAGAAGUCGAAGCUUAUCAAGGAUAAGGAUAUCAGUUUAAGUGGCGAGCAUGUGAGAGAGGGACUGACUUGCGUAAUAUCCAUCAAACUUCCAAAUCCGGAGUUUGAAGGGCAAACAAAGACAAGGUUGGGAAAUCCGGAGGUGCGGAAGAUCGUUGAUCAUUCACUUCAAGAAUUCCUUACUGAAUACUUGGAGUUAAAUCCAGAUGUGCUCGACUUAAUCCUCAGCAAGUCCCUUAAUGCUCUAAAGGCAGCUCAAGCAGCAAAGAGGGCAAGGGAAUUGGAGAGACAGAAAAGUGUUUUGAAAGUGUCAUCUCUUCCGGGAAAACUUGCCGAUUGUUCAGCCACAGAUCCUGAAAUAGCCGAGAUAUUUAUAGUUGAAGGAGAUUCAGCAGGUGGAAGUGCAAAACAAGGCCGUGAUAAGAACUUUCAGGCUAUUCUUCCUUUGAAGGGUAAAAUUUUGAACGUUGAAAGAAAGGAUGAAGCGGCAAUGUACAAAAAUGAAGAAAUUCAAAACCUUAUUCGUGCCCUUGGCCUUGGAGUGAAGGGAGAGGAUUUUAAAAAAGACGGUCUACGUUACCAUAAAAUCAUUAUCUUAACUGAUGCUGAUGUUGAUGGUGCUCAUAUUCGUACAUUGUUAUUAACAUUUUUCUAUAGAUAUCAGAGAGCUUUAUUUGAUGAAGGCUACAUAUACGUUGGCGUUCCACCCCUAUAUAAGGUAGAGAGGGGGAAGCAGGCAUUCUACUGUUAUGACGAGUCAGAACUUAAAAAACUUCAGAGUUCCUUUCCUUCAAAUGCAUCAUAUAAUAUCCAGAGGUUCAAAGGGUUGGGAGAAAUGAUGCCAUUACAAUUAUGGGAAACUACUUUAGAUCCCAAAACCAGACUAUUGAAGAAAUUGGUGGUUGAAGAUGCAGCUGAAGCAAAUGUUACCUUUUCUUCCCUUAUGGGUGUCAGGGUGGACGUGCGGAAGGAGAUGAUAAAAAGCACAGCAAGGAAGAUGGAUUUGAAGCAUCUUGAUAUAUGAAGUUAUCAUCUGGGGAUGAUGGUGGAGGAGGAACUAAAUUCUUUCUACUGUUAGAUUGUACAGCAAAAAAAAAAACAAGGCGAUUAGACGAAAAGCUAAUGAGAGGUUACGUCGGUUCAUCUUUCAGAUCUAUGCUUGUAUGCGUUAGAUGCAUACCUUUCCCCCAAAGAAAUUUUUUUAUGUCCAUGAAAAUACCAAAUUUUGUGAAAUUUGUAGUGUAUACUAUCUAUUCUUUUUGGUUCAUGAUGA